AUUAUUUUUCUCUAUUUAAAUAAGCUUUUAUUACAACUUCAUUUUCUUGCCAAUUUUUAAUUACAUAUUGAAAUGGCAGUAGUGCUGCAUUUGGUUCAUCGAAAUAAACUCGCAAUAUUCACACAUUGUUCGCCGUUAGCGAAGAACAUAAAUACCAGAAGCUCCCACCACCACAUACCUGCUGCUAUACAUUUCAAUCCACCUCAAGAAAGAACACCGGAAGCAAUAAAAUCAGACGCUCACCAGCUGUUCGACGAAAUGCCCGAACGUAAUGUGAAAUCGGCAACAGCAUUGAUAGGCCACUUCGCGAAGCAAAACCGACACGGGGAAGCCAUUUCUUGCUUCUUGAAGAUGCGCCUUUCGGAUAUCAAACCCAACGAAUACACUUUCGGCACCGUCAUCCGUUCUUCCGUUCUCCUGAAAGACCUCCAUCUUGGCAGACAAAUCCACUCCUACGCGAAAAAAGUCGGUCUCGAUUCGAACGUCUUUGUAGGUAGUGCAGUAUUGGAUCUUUACGCUAAAUUAAGCGCCAUCGAUUAUGCAAUAAUGGCUUUUUACGAUAUCGACGAGCCAAACGUAGUUUCUUACGCCACGUUAAUUCACGCGUACCUUAAAGAAGGCAGAUUUGAUGAGGCCGAGGUGGUUUUCAGAUCCAUGCCCGAGAGAAAUGUGGUUUCUUGGAAUACUAUGAUAAGUGGAUUCGGCCAAUCCGGUAAAAACGAAGAAGCUGUCAAUUUCUUCGUUGAGAUGUUGAGGGAAGGUUUUACGCCCAGUCAGUCCACAUACCCUUGUGCUGUGAUUGCAGCAGCAAAUAUUGGAGCGUUAGGUAUGGGGAGAAGUAUCCAUGCUUGUGCGGUGAAGUUCUUGGGCAAUGUUGGCUUGUUUCUCGCGAAUUCUCUGAUAAGUUUCUACGCGAAAUGUGGGUGCGUCGAAGAUAGCCUAUUGGUGUUCGAUAAAAUGCCUGAAAGAAAUGUGGUUUCUUGGAACGCUCUGAUAUGCGGGUAUGCGCAGAACGGACAAGGAAAAAUCGCAAUAGAAACGUACGAGAGAAUGAAGCUAAUGGGCAUUGAGUCGAACGGUGUUACUCUAUUAGGUUUGCUAUUGGCUUGUAAUCACGCUGGCCUUGUCGACGAAGCUUAUAAGUACUUCAAAAAGGCGAAAAGCGAGGACUUAAAAGCAGAGCAUUAUGCGUGCAUGAUUGAUUUGCUGUCGCGUAACGGGAGGUUUGUAGAAGCUGAGAGAUUUAUGAACGAUUUGCCCUUCGAUUGCGGAUUAGGGUUUUGGAAGGCGUUGCUCGGAGGGUGUAGGGUUCAUUCGAAUGUGGAGUUGGGAGAGGUUGCUUCUAGAAGAAUCUUGGAGCUUGAUCCGCGAGAUGUUUCGUCUUAUGUGAUGCUUUCGAAUGCACAUUCUGCCGCGGGGAGAUGGGGAGAUGUUUCGAACGUGAGGCAGAAUAUGAAGGAGAAGGGUUUGGUGAGAAUUCCUGGGAGCAGUUGGGUUGAAAUUAGUAGCAAGAUUCAUGUUUUUGUUACAGGGGAUAAAAGACAUUGCAAUAAAGAUGAAAUUUACAUAGCUUUGGGGAAUUUUCUUGAUCAUUCGAAGGGUGGACAAGAUUCCAAUUUUGUAACAAAUUUUGAUCUUAUAUAUUAAAUU